UAGCUAAACACACACACGCACAUUCAGCCUGUCACACACACACACACACACACACACACACACACACACACACACGGCCACGCAGAAAACGCCUUUGCCAGCUCAAACCCUCUUAAAGCUGUUUUUCUGCUGGAGACCAAGGAGAGCCAACAGCUGCCUCUGCUGAGGACAGACGAGAAGAACAGAGGGACGGGAGGAGAGAGGAAGAAAAACACCAAAAGCCUCUUGAACUUCUGGCUCCGUGACUCCGGCAGUCCAGUCCAGUCCAGCGAGAGAACGUUUUAUUGUUUCUUCUUUCCCCUACGUGACACAAGAGGGACGAAGGGAGAGGACUAGAAGAGGGACCCGGAGUUCACGCCACACGUACUUGGGAGUGAAUGGGUUGCCAUGGUUACUCACCCAGGGAGCCUGACCUGCGCGGUGUGAAUGGAGGGAGCGCCCCGGACACCAAGUGACACGACAAACUAACCAAAAAGGAGAGUCGGCGGAGAACGCGAGAGGGAGCGAAGAGAAGCGAGGCAGAUCCUGAAUAAGUGGAGCAGAGAGUCUUAGAAUGGAGGACGGCUUUUCCAGCUACAGCAGCUUGUAUGACACCUCGUCACUGCUGCAGUUUUGCAAUGAUGACAGUGCGUCCGCAUCCAGCAGCAUGGAGGUCACGGACCGCAUCGCCUCCCUGGAGCAGAGGGUCCAGAUGCAGGAGGACGAGAUUCAGCUGCUCAAAUCCGCUCUGGCCGACGUCGUCCGAAGGCUCAACCAAUCUGAGGAGCAGCAGGCCAUGAGCUCACGACGAGGGCCCACUAAAGAGCCUACUUUGAUGAGAAAGUCUCCCUCAGCAGACAGCCAUGUUGGGAAGUCAGCCCGGCCGAUGAUCGCCACCCUGCCAUUACGACCCUCGGUGAACAACGGGACCAUCGUACCAAAGAAAAGUGGUGGCACACUGCCAUCCCCAUCUGGUUCUGGAUCCAGAAAGGACACCAGCGCGCCAUCCAGCAGAAGUUUGUCUCCUUUGUCUCUGCCAACCAGAAUUCUGUCUCCACUGCUCAGCACGGUGAGGAGAGCCAACUCCAACGAGCACGUGGGUUCUCUCACACGGAAAGAUUCGGGUGACUCCAAGGGUAACAGAACUCGCGCGGGGUCCACGGGAAGUAAUUCCAGCGGCAAAAGAAGUGACAGCAAGCAGAGGGACCCAGUGUUCAAUGCAGGAAUGCGACGUGUGACCCACUGCAAAGAGGAAGGUUAUGUGAAAAUGUAUCUGAAAGGCCGCCCUAUCACCAUGUUCAUGCCCAAAGACCAAGUGGAAGGCUACUGUCUGGAGGCGAGAGCUGACCUUCCAGUCAACAAACUGAAACUGGACUGGGUAUACGGUUACCGUGGACGAGACUGCCGCUCAAAUCUUUACCUGUUGCCCACCGGGGAAACCGUGUAUUUUAUUGCCUCAGUCGUGGUCCUGUUCAAUGUAGAUGAGCGGCUACAGAGACACUACACUGGACACACAGACGACAUUAAAUGCUUGGCAGUCCACCCUGAUAAAAUUACCAUAGCAACCGGGCAGGUGGCCGGCACCUCCUCUGAGGGUAAAUUGGCUCCACAUAUUCGUGUGUGGGACUCAGUCAGCCUCAACACCCUCCACGUUCUGGGGGCCGCCUACUUUGAGCGAGCCCUUGUCUGCCUGGCUUUUUCCAAGUCGAAUGGAGGAAACACGCUCUGCGUCGUUGACGACUCUAAUGACCACGUGCUGUCGGUCUGGGACUGGCAGCGAGAAGACAGACUGGCUGAGGUUAAGAGCUCCAACGAGACCGUCUUCGCUGCAGAUUUUCACCCGACCGACAGCAAGAUCCUGGUGACCUGCGGCAAGUCCCAUCUCCAUUUUUGGAGCUUGGAGAAAGGCGUCCUGGUCAAAAAACAAGGCCUUUUUGAAAAACAGGAGAAGCCCAGGUUUGUUUUAUGUGUGACCUUUGCAGAAAAUGGAGACACUAUCACAGGAGACUCCAGUGGGAACAUCUUAGUGUGGGGGAAAGGCACUAAUCGCAUCAGCCAUGUCGUCCAAGGAGCUCACGAGGGCAGCAUCUUUGCCCUGUGCAUGCUGAGGAACGGCACGCUGGUGUCCGGAGGGAAAGACUGCCGGCUCAUCUCUUGGGACAGCAGCUACCAGCAGAUCCAAACAUUGGAGGUUCCCGAAUUGUUUGGUCCAAUCCGGACGGUAGCUGAGGGCAGAGGGGAGACUGUUCUCAUCGGAACCACAAAGAAUUUUGUACUACAAGGCACCUUAGAUGGAGAGUUCCUGCCCAUCACACAGGGUCAUACUGACGAACUGUGGGGUCUGGCCGUCCAUCCCAGUAAGCCUCACUUUGUCACCUGUGGAUAUGACCGGCAAGUGAGUCUGUGGGACUCCAGUUCACAUCAGCUCCUCUGGAGUAAAAACAUGGAAGACUCUGCCCAGUCAGCAGACUUCCAUCCGUCCGGAGCUGUGGUUGCCAUAGGAACGCAGACUGGCAGGUGGCUGGUACUGGACACUGACUCCAAGGAUCUAGUCACCGUGCACACAGAUGGCAAUGAACAGCUUUCUGUUAUCAGCUUUGGCCCAGAUGGUAACUUCCUAGCCAUUGGCUCUCAUGACAACUACAUUUACAUCUAUGCUGUGGCAGAAAAUGGCAGGAAGUACAGCAGAGUGGGCAAGUGCUCGGGUCACUCCAGUUUCAUCACCCACUUGGACUGGUCAGUGGACUCGCAGUACCUGGUGUCAAACUCAGGAGACUAUGAGAUACUCUACUGGAUUCCAUCUGUGUGCAAACAGGUGGUCAGCAUGGAGACCAUUAGAGAUAUUGAAUGGGCCACUCACACCUGCACUCUUGGCUUUCAGGUUUUUGGUAUGUGGUCCGAUGGCUCGGACGGCACCGACAUCAAUGCUGCCAGCAGGUCCAACGAUAAAAGCCUUCUCGCUACCGGGGAUGACUUUGGGAAGGUUCACCUCUUCUCAUAUCCCAGUUCUCAAUUCAGGGCUCCCAGCCAUGUUUACGGUUGCCAUAGCAGUCACGUGACCAACGUGAGCUUCCUGCAUAACGACAGCUGCCUGGUGUCGACGGGAGGGAAAGACAUGAGUGUGAUGCAAUGGAGGAUAGUUUGAGUGAUGAGACAGCACUUGCAGCUCGAAGCUGCGCCACAAGAGAACUGAACCAAGUGGAAAUGCCUAAAAGGUGGAUCUGGACUGAGAUGAACUAACUUAGGGUUUUUUUUUGGGGGGUCUGCUUUCAGGUGCCACAAGGAGAUGAACUUGGUGAGGUGUUGCUUCGUGUUUCUCCUUUUUUUUUUCUGCAUUCAAUCACACUACAUGUAAAAACGGUAAUAUACCAGUUAACACUUACAUGGAACAUAUCCAAGAACAAAAAGAACCAAAGGCUUACAUUUUUUGCUGAAUUUGUGUAGUUGUGUACGCUUCUGACAGGAUUUGGACUAAAGGUUUGUGUGGACUGACUAUAAUCGAUUGAAAUGCAAACUAUAUUGUCUCAACCCACUCAGGAAACCACUGGAAUAAUCACAUUAAUAUGAUGCUCAAUAAAAGGCGCAUGGUUUAUUGGCAGACAUGAACACUUCACACAACAAGGAGGUUAUGAUAACUGGAUACUUGUUGAUGAUCCAGCUAUGAGUCAAGCCGAUUGAGGUGAACAGGAGUAAAGGCUCCAAACGUAUGUUCGGUAAUAAUUAGUGCAUCAGUGUUUUUUGCCAUGAACAGUAUCUUUCUGUUGAAUGGUGAAACCAUAUCACUGUAACUGUCUGAUCCGCACCAUCAGUUCAGGCAAGAUAUUUUAAUUUGUCUUUUUAUCCUUUAACCCAGGGGUGUCAAACGUACGGCCCGCGGGCCACAUCUGGCCCGCGGGAUAAAUUUGCUAAGUAUAAAAAUGAGCUGGAAUUUUUGAAUGAAAGAAACUGCUGUUCUAAAUGUGUCCACUAGAUGUCACUAUAGCAAUUCUUUGUAUUUUUGUCGAUGAUGCUAAAUAUGUAAAAAAAAAUAAACCACAUGAUGUUAGUGCACCAGUCGAGGAAAAUAAUCAAACUACAUAAAUAACAUUCUGUAAUUUGAUUUGGAUUGUAUUUUUUUAUCUUGAUACCGUAUUUCCUUGAAUUGCCGCCGGGGCGCUAAUUAAUUUAAAACUUCUUCCUCAUUCCUGCGCUUACCAAAGGCAUGCGGUAAAAGUAAGCAUGCGCUAAUUAUUUUGGGAAGCGAGUUUGACCCGGCAGUAAUUCAAGGCAGGCGCAUACUAUAUGCCCUGCGGCAAUUCAAGGAAAUAUGGUAGAUUGAAAAUUAACACCAAUGAGUUGACUGAUGUACAUUAUCACAUAAUUUGAUCAGAAAGUAUAAAUAACGACAACAAAAGUUUGAAUACUAUUAAACGCAACAUGUAAGUGUAAAAAAAAUAGCAACAAUAUUAUGAUUUGUAAAUGUUCUUGUUCUAUUUUUAAACUAAGAAAACAAUCACAAGUUGUCUUUAUUUUUAAGUUAUCGUGCUGUUAUUUUACCAGUCCAGCCCACUUGGGAGUACGUUUUUCUCCACGUGGCCCCCCAUCUAAAAUGAGUUUGACACCCUUGCUUUAACCAGCUUGAUAGCGGCUGGCACAGAAUUUAGUUGCGUCAUCGAGCUUUUACGAAACCACUCAUGCUUCCAUUCAACCCUGUGAUCUGUUAGUUGAUCUACUGUAAGCUAACAUUUCACACAAGAACGUUAUUCUGAUUGGAGUAAAAGAUUGUGAGGGGAAUGCUGUGAACUGAAAUCUGUCCUCCUGUACAAUUACCACUGAACAUUUACCUUUUGUCCUACACUAAAACCAAAAUAAAAGCCCUAAGAUUCUGUGUCAAAAUUGUCAA